UCGUGUUCAGGGCCUGAAUGUUAAUGAUAACAUUCAAAUGUAUGCUACAUCUGAACCAUCAAUAGGCCUAACGUACUUUAAUUUGACAACAGAUGGUUAUCUAACGGUAUCGUCUACGUUGGAUUACGAAUCUUUAACCAAUACAUCUUACAUACUGAACAUUACCGCUACAGACGGAAAGAAUACAGCGACAGCUACAAUAUCUCUGAUAGUAACAGACCAAAAUGAGGCUCCAGUGUUCCAACAGAUACAGUAUUCCGUUGAAGUUAAUGAAUCUGCUAAAAGUACUGCGUUUCCAUUGGUUGGUUUUAUCAUUGAUGACCCUGACGUAUCGGACUCAUUUACAUAUUCACUAGAUUGUGGUAACGACACCUGGGGGUUUUCUAUGUCAAACGAAACAGGGGAGAUAAUGUAUGCAUACGAUUAUGAUCUUGACACUAUACGUAUUUCACAAUACAACUGUACAGUGAAAGUAAUUGACAAUGGAUCUAAUAUUGGUACAACACAUCUUACUAUAAACAUUAACGACAUUAACGACAAUAUACCAUACUUCAAUCAAACGCAGUAUACGUUUUACAUAACGCCGUAUGGGGCAGUUGGGAUGAAUAUAGGCGGAGUGGCCGCUUACGACAUUGAUAUUGAAUUUGGAACUAUAACAUAUAGUUUAAAUAUGACAAUGUACUCAAACUUAUUCAUACAAAUAAAAAAUGAAGGAACUCUUUAUAUCAAUGAAAUUUUGAGUAAUGACUUUAAUUAUGGAGAUGUUAUGACAUUUACGGUAACGGCAGAGGAUAAUGGCGGGUUACAGACAACGGUUACGGUGUGGAUUGUUUUUGCAGAGAUAAACACUGAUUUACCGAUCGCGACAAUACCAAUUACAUUUUUGGAAGAUCCUAGAAAUAUACUUUGGUUGACAGCAUUAGCCAUACUUAUACUCGCCUUUACACUUGGUGUGUUUAUCUUCUGUACUGAUUUCUGUAUAGCGAAAAGAAUAAGACGGCGUCCAGCGAAACGUCCAAAGACAGUAAAACUAUUUAGUCCAAUUGCUGCAAAAGAAGCACCAAAAAGAACAUCUGAAAUAGAGUUGAGCAUGACUGCAGCCUCGGCUAUGUCUUAUCGUAAGCCCAGUGAUUUAUGA